AUGGCCGACUUAUCCACAACUCUUCCUCUGAACCGUGACUCAGUCAUCGAGGCCCACAAGCUCAUCAGCGACUUGGUCCACUUGACACCCGUCCUCACCAACCGCACCCUCACUGAGCUGGCCUCGACACCUCGCACGCUUGAUGGGACCCGAUUUGAAGGUCGAACCCCGGCUCGGCCGGUGCUGAGGCUCUGGUUCAAGUGCGAAAACAUGCAACGGAUUGGGGCCUUCAAGGCCAGAGGGGCGUUUCACGCUGUGGAGAGGCUUAAGCAGGAGCCUGGGUGGUUGGAGGGAGGGGGUAAGGAGAAGGGUGUUGUGACGCAUAGUUCAGGAAACCACGCCCAGGCGUUGGCUUUGGCAGCUCGUGAGAGUGGCAUCAAGGCGCAUAUCGUCAUGCCUGAGAUCUCCAACCCCAAGAAGGUUGCUGGAACAAAGGGAUAUGGCGCCAACGUCAUCUUCAGUGGCAGCACAGCUCCAGAGCGCGAGGCCGUCGCAAACAAGGUUAUUGCCGAGACAGGUGCUCGACUCGUACCGCCAUAUGACCACCCAGACAUUCUGCUCGGCCAGGGCACACUCGGUCUUGAGUUCCAGCAGCAGGUCACUGAGCUUAUGACGACCGACGCUGAAGUCGACGGGCAGAAAAAGGUGUUCCGCGCUCCGGCUACGGGGAGGGACAACGCUGGACCGGGUGUGCCAGGAGGCAAGAAGGAGAAGCCUGGGUUGGAUGCCAUCAUGACACCUUGCGGCGGCGGUGGAAUGCUCUCGGGUGUGGCUCUCAGCUGUGAAGGCACAGGCAUCCGCGUAUUUGGCGCUGAGCCCUCCUUCGAAGGAGCUGACGACGGUAAACGCGGAUACGAAUCCGGUGAACGCAUCACGGCAGUCAAAACGUUGACUGUAGCCGACGGCCUCCGCACGCCGGUGGGCGAGCACCCAUGGUCCGUCAUCUACAAACGAAAAUUGGUCUCUGGAAUGUACAGCGUAUCAGAAGAAGAGAUCCUGGCCGCCAUGAGGCUCGUGUACGAGAGGUUCAAGCUGGUUGUCGAGCCGAGCGCCUGUGUUCCCCUCGCCGUGGCGCUGUACGACGAGGAGUUUAGGACCAUGGUGGAGAAGGAGGCUGGUGAGGAUGGAUGGGAUCUUGGGUUGGUGUUCAGCGGAGGAAAUGUCGAUGUUGAUGCUCUUGGAAAGAUGUUUGCUGGGGGGAAGUAG